AUGAUGUCAGUAUCAUAAAUGGGGAGAUAACAGAGCUCUGCUGUGGCUGAGUGGAACAAUAUCUGUGGGAAGAGUGCAUACUUCUUAUUGCUCGUUGUGAACCAAACCAUACAUUGCUAAAGGCGGAAAACACUUGUACCUUUUAACUCACAUGAUCUGAUUGUUAAUUCUCCCCUCUAGCUGCUACACAUUUCCUUGUAAACCAGUUACGGGAAUUUGGUGUUAGAUCAAGGCUACUAACGUCUGCCUGAUAAGUUUAAGUAUUCUCACUACCUGUUUGCUGGAUAAUGUGUGGAUGUUAUAGGGAGAAGUUACAUGUUAAUCACUUAAGGGAGUUGAAGACCCGCAAAUUAAACAAAAAGGAACGGAGGGGGGGGUAAGGAUAUGAAGGAGUGAAACGUAUAAUAGAUGAUAAUCUAGAAAGUUUUUUAUACUUAGACCGUGACACAUUGCAUAGAAAACUGACGCUAUAAUCGUGACCUCAAGAUUCAAGGACGAAUUUAACUACAAUGCGAGUAAAAUAUAAGAUUUUUAGUUUUGAGCGAUUACCACGGAAAACGAUGUUGUGAAACCCCACCUGAGCUCUUCACGAGAAACAAAGGUUGCAAAGCAAAGGUUUGCGUUUCGGUAGUUUGUUGUUACCACUGCCAUACGUUUGCAAAUGCCGCCGGCUGCUCCUUAUUUUGAUCGCUAAAUUGAGGUAGGUUCACCCACUAUUUCACAAACUGGCGGAAAGUAUUCUCAUCGUUUAGGAAUCUUGUGGUCUCACAUAUAUGACGGCUACGGCAGUCCUGGGGGAAAUUUAAACGAAACUUUUUCCAGUCGGCCAUUUAUCUUUGCCCCCAUUACUAACUCUUUGAUUGAUUAUCUUUAUACGUAAGUAAUAAUGCUUUCUUUUUUUAUCUUUUUUAGAGUUCAGCAUGGCAAUGUUUGGUGUUUAAUACCCAGAUUCUUGUGUGAACCUCGGUAGAAGCAUCAAGUCAAAUAGGCCCACGAAACAUAAGCAGCUGUUUUAUUUGGUAUUAAGGAAGUUUGAUGAAAUGUUUCGUCAUGUAGAAUUCCAAUUAAGGGAUAUCUCAAUAAAGAAAGUAGUAAAAUCCUUCACCGAGUUGCUAGUUAAUUUUGCACGCUACAUAAUGGUAAUUGAACUGAAUGGAUUACAAUUUGGGCUGAAAUCACACGCGUGUAUUUAAAAUCACAAGUAUAACUUAAGACAAAAAUUGCUCGACACGAAGUUUGAUUAUUACCUUAUUACAUCCAUUUUGAAAUCGCCCAAAUACAGGACUUGGUCAGUUCAAAUAUUUCAUUGAUACAGUACUGAGCCGGUUUGAAAUUAAAUUCAUCCAUUUUUUUGGGGGGAGGGGAAAUAAGAGUUUUGGAAACAAAAGUUGUAAAAUUUGCCACAUGAUACUCUUUGUCUUUCAUUUUCCAGCAAUUUGACUGGUUACUUUAAACAAGCCUUGAAAUCUGACUGGUUGUUUUGUUUUUGGUGUAGCCUCCUCAUUGGCUGCGAAAAAGAUGCGAUUUAAAGCCAAAAAUGGUGCGAUUCGUGAAUUAGAACCAAUCAGAUUACAGAUACCACCAGUGAUUUUAAACUUUUAAACAUUAUAAUUCUUUUUUUUUUUUAACUCCAUUUGAUAUCGAUUCGGUAUGAAUUUUCCGCACAACAUUAUACUUCUUUUUGUUUUUCGUUUUUUCGAUUCUUUGAGUUGCCACUGCCACUGAGGCAAGCACGAAUAACAGCUCUAUUACUUUAAAUUUUGUCUCCAGUCUUCCUAGAAAUCGGUGAAACAGAAUCUUACACUGACGGAGCUGUCAAGUUGCAUCCGCUCUUACAAUCACUCGCUUCUUAUCGAAUUAGAAAAUAAAAAAAUGCGAAAAUAAUCAACAAGUAAGAGCAUUUCUGAACCGCAUACUAAUAUUGAGGCAAUACAAAUUGAAAAUUUUUAUACGAGGAGUAGCGUUCCAGUAUUGUAGUACCACUGCAACUCAAAAUAUAGAUGGCUAAUGCUUUUUUUCGUUAUUGCUUGAAUGAAUCAAGUUCGUGAGCUCCCCUUCAUCAAGAUGUAAACUUUGGUGGUCAUUGUAAAAAAAAUCCAUUUACGAAAAAAGAGAUUAGAGUCACGCACCGCGCGUGAAUAGAAAAACAGUAUGAAGGAGAAAGAGGAAAAGAAAAAUUGUAACUUGAAAUUUAGAGAAACGAAAGAGAUUUUCUUCAGUCAUCGAGGAAUCUAUGCGGUCUCUAAUAUAUGGCGGCCUCGGCAGUUCUGUAUUUGAUUUUUAAUCAAAAAAAGUUUAUCCUCUUGUCCAUCUUUCAUUGGCUUCUUAUCUGUUUCUUUGAUUUAUAAUCUGUAUACGUAACUAUUAUACCUUUGUUUUUUUCUUCAGAGUUCAGCUUGACCAUAUUUGCUGUUUGAUAGCCAGACUCGUCUGUGAAUCACGGUAGAAGCAUCAAAUCAAACAGGCUGAUGAAACGUAAGCAGCAGGUUUGUUGGUUCUUGGGAAAGUUUGACGUAAUAUGUCUCAGUCACGUAGGAUGUCUUAAUAAAGGAAGUAGUGAAAUUACUUAUCUAGUUCGUGUUUGAUUCUAUACGUUACAGCAAGGAACAUCGUAAUCAGUUUUUAGUUCCUAUUCAUGUAGAUCUGUCUGAUAAUUUUUCCGAGUAAAAAUGAGAAACGACAGUUGGUUCUUAGUAUCACCAUGGGAAAAAGAAUGUUGAUUAAACCAUAAUUCUCUUUGUCUCACAGUUGAGCUAAAGCCAUUGUUUACUCUUUGAGCGCGCUUCAUUCAAGAACGUCUCAUCCCAAGGGACCUUGUUUAUUUAUAGCGACACUUUGCCCCUUUGUUCUAUUAAGAUAACAAAAUGCUAUAAAAAUUGUGAUCACAUGGCUGUAUUCAUAUUCAUUUCUCUCGCGGCCAAGGUAACUUCGAACUCCACAAGAAAGGUGAGCGUUCUUUAAUUUCAAAGUAAGUUUCGAAUAAUUUCGUAUUUUCAGGUCCCCAUUUCAAGUUGCCAUUACCAAGGAUCAUGUCACCUGUUCUCUGUACAUCGAUUUCGUAAAUAUAAGAAAUUUUUUAUUUGACGAUAUAAGCCACGACGUCAAGUUUAAAUCGAGCCGAGAAAAAUGCAGAUUUUCGUACCUUUAUAUUAUAUCUAACAUUUGUUAAGUUGUGCUUCUACUGGCCACUGAAUCAAGCACUUACAUUUGCGCAGAAUUGUUUUGUCCAAUCAAGCUGAGUGGAAGAAAUGACGGACAUAACGAUAUGGAUCGUGUUGAUGUCUGUUUUGGGAACAACGAUGGAUGCAGCAUUUGUUCCGGUAAUGAUAAACGUUUUCUAAAAGUUUUUAUCACUAGAAUAUUCGUCUUCCCAAUUGAAUUGAUUCCCAAGGUCAGAAGACAUCCAUCACGUAAACAGUUUUUCCCAUUUUGCCGCUUUGCUGUGCUAAAGAUUCUGAAAAAUACGAGUGACGGCGACAAUUGAAACUAUAGCACUUACAAUGGUCAAAAGUUAUUCGGUUUUUUUCCUAUUCCAUGCUCAAGGCAAAGGUAACUAAAUUAAUUUCAAGAGAAAAUUGUUUGAUUUUGUUCUGGGAAGGUAACAGAAAAAAAUAACACCGCAUCGAAUAAGAGGAACAAGCUUUGAUUUGCAAAAUUUUUUCAAACAAACAGCACAGAAUAGAAUAAAUAAAUUUCAAUAGAUAAUUAAAGGCUCCUCGCAGUUAUUUGUACUCUUUACUUGUUAUGUAAAUCAUGUUUGACGAUUUAUUUAAGGGAACAAUAGAGGAACAGUAUACACUUGUUUUUACCCUUGUUAGUAAAUUAUCUUUAUUGUGUUAUGUUUCCUCGCCUUCCCAGAUUUUGUUCUUCGUUGCCGGGGUAGGAUCCCUUAAAUUGAACAUUCGUACGCAUUUUCGCGUUACUGAGUGCGCACCAGCACUCUUUUUGCAUUCUUAUUGAUAACGAUAGGAGUUGUCAGUCAUUUGCAAUUCAGUGCUUCUUUUUCCUCAUAGCAGCUAUGCUAUUGAAAACUAUAUCAUGGUAUGAGGGAUAGUGUUGCACAAACAGCGUUUGAAAAGAUUUCCUUUAAACCUCAUACUUCACUGUGCAAACAGUUAUCUGAUAAAAGUAAACAUCGUCGAAAACAAUAGACAACCUUUGGGGCAAGUGCUUUGUUGUAGAAUAGUUGGGGGUAAUCAUGACGGAAAUUUUUCCGCGUUUUUCACUGCCGGCUGUGAACUUUAAAAAUAGGAAAAACCGCAUUUGGUUUACACGUGAAAUAUUUUGUGUUACAGGAAAAAUUCAGAGAUGAGCAAGAUGAAGGUAAAUACAUUACCACCCUCUAUAUAAAUCUCCAAAGACUUUGGAGGAAUUUGGUGAGGAUGACAUGAUUUUAGGGGGUAAAGCUUUAUCGAGACACAACUCACUAAUUCUCCAACCCUUCCAUCUUACAUUUCAACACGUACCAUGAAAACAACGUCCAAUCAGAACAUUCCACAAUCAUUGCACUUCAUGAACAUAAGGCAAUUUUUUUGCGCGCUUGAAUUGUAUUCUACUAAUCAUAUUCCAUUUUGCCACAGUUUGCUUCGCUCCAUCACGUGUCGUUACCCUGUGAGCAAUCCACAUUUUAUCACUUUAUCAAACCUGAUUGUCCCACCCCACUGAAAAAAUUCACCUUGUCCUCAGUGCUGAUGAUAGUGAAUUUUUCACGCAAUUCUCCCGCGUUUUGACUUUUUCUACGAAUAAAAUUAGCUUUUGGCUACCGUAGACUUAGCCCAAUCGCGUGUUAAUUCCUUGCAAACAACCUGCAUUUUAUCACGUAUUUCACACACAGGGGGCAAAGUUCAGAUAGGCAACAACCAAUUAAGGAGCCUUUUUUGAAGUAAUAUCCUUUUCUUCACUCAUUCGAGAUCGCAAUACGUCUUUGCUUUGGUUCUAUUGGAGAUACAACAAAUUUGCAGUUUGCUUUUUGAAGUAAAAUUACGUGGAAUUAUAUUUUUUAAGGCAACUAACUGUAGACAAAUAAUUUUGAUUUUCUCUCUGUUAGAGGAACGGCAGUAAAUUUAGUCCCUUUCGCAACCGUUAUUUGGUCUCGUCACGCAAUGCUGUCUCUCUCCACCUGGGAAUAGAUGGCGUUGUGUGACGAGACCAAACGAUGGUUGCGGAGGAGACAACAGUAGGCAUGGCACCGAUGCAUUUCAUUUCUGCUUAGAAGUAUUCAAACAAUAGAGACAAUAGACCACAACAUACUUGUCUGAAUUAGGUCUUUUUUUUCAAUCACCUAAGGUGUAGUAAUGCAAUAUUAUCGUUAUUCUGAAAGUUGUGCUUUUUUUCUGCUCCAAGAAUGAAAAUGUAAGGUACACAAAGUGUCCCAUCUCAACCCAUCCAGCCAUAGAAAUAAUUAAGUAGCUGUUCAAUGAUCAGCAAUGAAUAAUCUAUAUAACUAGGGGGACGUAGAAAGUGUAGCUGUAAUUUUCAAUUAGGUGCAACAGCCAAGUUAUACUGAAAACACUGAAGUUCAAACCAGGGCCAAAUGGGAAACAUUGCUUAUUAAAAUACGUUUGUUGCGCACAAGAAUAUAAAUUUCACACAAAACUCUGUUUAGUAAAGAAGUUUUUGGCCAUUUUGAGAUUGGCCUACUUGCCAGAUAAGUGGAAUUAGCUCACUGUAACAUUUCGUAUCUAUGAUUUUGAUCAUCUUUUCAAAUGAAAAAUCCAGGAGAUUGCGAUGGACCUCUUGGCCUCGAAAACGGUGACAUCACUGACGGACAGCUCAGUGCCUCUUCGGAGUGGAACUGGUACCAUGGUGCUAGACGCGGUAGACUGAAUGUACAAAAACAAGGCGGCCUGCGAGGCGCUUGGUCCUCUCGCAGGAAUGACGGCAACCAGUGGCUCCAGAUUGAUCUCUUUGACGAAAAUGCGCAAGUGACGGGUAUCGCCACACAAGGAAGGGCUGACUGGAACCAGUGGGUCACUAAGUAUAGGCUGCAGUAUGCUGUGGAUGGAGUGAACUUCCAGUACUACAAGGAGCAAGGACAAUCUGCAAUCAAGGUGGGUGCAUACACCUUGUUUAAUACGCGGGGAUGUUUUGCGAGCCGCGUAGUAUUUUCCGAGCCCAACUAUAUCUUUAACCAGUCCAUAAAAACGCAUGAAAGUGAACCUUUUGGAGUCCACUAGACUUCUACAGCAUGGUCUUAUAAGGUAUGUUUAUGCCUUUUUUUUUAUUAUUACUCAGGAAUUCACUGGUAACACGGACAGAAACACCAUAGUUCGUUACAAUCUGAAUCCACCAAUUACGGCACGUUUUAUCCGUUUUCGACCUGUCAGUUGGACUGGACACAUUUCCAUGAGAGCGGAGCUUUAUGGCUGCUUUUCCAGUAAGAUAAUAGCGUUUUAACAUCCUUAUUAUUGAUCUUUACUUCUACUGGGUGUCAAAGGGUUAAUUUCUUUCACGGAUAACGGUUGAUUUUUUGGCCAAUUUGCGACGAACGAUUAACUUCUUUCCUUCGUGACUGAAAAAUAAAUGAAUAAAUAAACUCAUCAAACUUGUGAUGCCUCGUCGUCACAGUAAGGUUUUUUUCAGAAUUCCUUGAAAUCCAGAUUAAUGAACCGUAAUCUGAAAUUAACCCACAAUACCUUUUGGGGAUGUCAUGCGCACUUAUUCGCUUUGUGUUCCCGACAACCUUUCUCGAAACAGCUGUAUUAUACGGAAAUCAAGACAAGCUUUACCUGUUUGGAUUAAUCAACUCCCAUCAAAUUGCAGUAAAUAGUCUUUUUUAUAUCAAGCUGAUUAAAUCAUCCUUAUUAAUAUUACAUAUACAUGUGACCUUCAAUGUUGGUUAUAACCAUUUUUGUAUCCAUUUACAAAAAAAAAUAAAAUAAAAAUACAGAAUGUCUCAAGCCCCUUGGCGUGCAAAGUGGUGAAAUUUCUGACAAACAACUUUCUGCCUCUUCUGAGUGGGACAUAAAUCAUGGUGCCAAACGUGGCCGACUUAACAUUAAGAGAAACGGACCUCUGCGAGGUGCUUGGUCUUCCCGUAGGAAUGAUCAAAACCAGUGGAUACAGAUCGAUCUUCUCACUAGUCAUACGGCAGUGAGGGGCGUAGCCACACAGGGAAGAGACGACUGGAAUCAGUGGGUCACCAAAUACAGGCUGCAGUACGGUAAUGAUGGAGAGAACUUUGACUUCUACACAGUGGCUGCAGGACAAAGUGCAAUCAAGGUGAAAGAAAUUUUCGAUUUAUGUUAAUCACUUUGUUACUUAAGCCAUAUUUUUCACAAAAUAAGAAUUCUAACUUUAUUUCCUUCUUAACACUUAGCAGGCCCUAUGUCUUCUUGGCCACGGGCGUGAUCUACGGCUUAAAAUACAGCUGGGUUGACCAUGUAAAUUUAGAACAGUAUCAUGCUGUAGGAUAUAAAUGAGAUUUUAUCUUAUGGUUAUCAAUUUUGUUUAGGAUUUUGCAGGAAACAAGGACCGGCACACUAUUGUUUUUCACAAACUAAGGGCAUUCUUCGCACGUUUCAUCCGAAUUCUUCCACGGUCAUGGCAUGGACAUGUCUCCAUGCGCACGGAGCUCUAUGGUUGCCCAGGUAUAAGAACUAUCUUAUAUUUCCAGUAGUCUCUUUUACCUCAGGGAACAGUAAAUAUCCAUGGUCGGGGAGGGGAGGGGGGAAAUUUUGGAGAGGAUCACAUAGUUUUCAGGGCUAAUAGGAGGGGGGGGGGGGAAUUAGUCGUCGCUUACAGAGUAUAGAAAGGAUACUUUAGGAAAUUGACUGCCAAUAUGGGGGUUUGCAAGAAUACUGUAGAGCUUUAAAGGCCAACACCCCUCCCCUCCCCCCACCAAAACCCAGGCAUUAAAUAGUGAUCCGAUCCUUUACACACAAAAUGGUUAUAACAAUAGAAAAAGAUAAAAAUAGAUGACAAUGUUUAUACUAUGCCAUAGCAUACAUAGCCAGUAAGAAUAAAUACAGGAACGCCGUUGUGUAUUCCACGAUAUUACACCCAGACUUUUCGAAAUGUUGAAAGCUAUAUUCCACAUUUUUGACCGUUACAUUUUUGCACGUGAUACAUCUUGCAUGUGAUACAUUUUCGCACGUGAUACAUCUUGCAUGUGAUACAUUUUCGCAACUGAUACAUCUUGCAUGUGACACAAUUUUGCACGUGACACAUCUUCCUUGCUAUUCAUUUUUGCACGUGACCAAAAUAAUUUUAUUUGAGAGAUUUAUACUCGUUGUAUUCUGUGUUAUGAAGAUUGGUUGGUAUUUUUUAAGAUUUUCUUAAGAUCGCAGACUAUAGGAAGCCGAUUUAAACGCAUCUGAAAUUUGAUGCAAGAACUUCGUGUAAAAUUAAGUGGGUAAACACGGAACCACUAGAGACUCAUGGGAAAUUCCAUGAUACACUACUCGAAUCUAGUACAUAUCAAAGAAUUAGUCUGAAGUGGGUUUUUCUCAUUUCUUUAUUUUUUCACGUAAUGUGAGAAGGCCCUGUAGCAAAUCCAAAUUUCAUCUGUUUGCAUUCGUUCAAAGAUGAUUUCUUUAGCUGAAAUUGCAGUUUUCAUCAAAAUUAACGAUGGUCUCAGUCGGAAUUGAUUUAGCGUAGGCUCCAAUGGGAAAAAAUCGAAAGACUGAACGUGCACUAGGUUAAUUUUUUUUUCAACUAUUAUACAAAAAUGACCCAAUACUUAAAUUGAAAAUUUAAUGAUUGAGUGGCACAUUGAUAUUCCUAUUCUUUAUGCGUGGCUGAUUAAAAAAAAAAAAAGGAGUCAGUGACGGCGUUGACUUUGAUUUUUGGCUCGCUUCAAUUGACUUGAACGAAUGCUUUUUGCAUUCUAGCUCUGGUGGAAAACAUGGACUUGAACGGAGAUGGAUUUGCCAGCCAAAGUGAAGUGGAAAGCUUUGGAUUAAAGUGGAAGGGUGAUGUAGAAGAAUUCGAUCUGAACGGUAAGAGUAUCUCUUGUUAUGAUGAAAAUCUUAGAAUGAACGUAUAUGAGAAUGACUGACGAAGAUUUAACUACUCCCUUUCUCAGGAGGAACAGUUAUGUCAACACUUAUUUCAUAUUCACUUCUUAAUCUGCAGUUCGCUCAUAUUACUUUCAUAUGUUCACAGUCAUUGCUUUAUCACUUCACGGGUUUAUUACUAACCAAAAUAAUUACCACCCCCAGUUGGUUUGUUAGCUCAGAUAGCAAAGCGCUGCACCGGUAUCACAGAUGUCAUGGGUUCAAAUCCCGUACAGGCCUGAACCCUUUUUUCAGGCCUUAUUUUCACUACUGCUUAAGUAGUAUCCAUUACUGCGAAUAUCGCUUUCAUAUUCAUCACUUUCAUUGUUCAACUGUUCAAACCUGCUUUGCUGUAGAGAGGAAGAGAUACUUUAUUCAUUAAAAUCUAACCAUUAAACAUAUUACAUGAAAAGCUCAGAAAUUACUACGUUACCUUCCUUCACAGCUGACGGCAAACUCAGUCCUGAGGAGUCUAAAAUCAUGACGUACAAAAGUAUAUAUGAUGUCAAGAAAAUCUUAUGUCAUUUCAAAGCCACCGAUACGAACCAUGACUUGUUUGUGACGGCUGGAGAGCUGAAAAAACGAUUUGAAGACUUCAAAUAUGACAUCUCUCCAAACGGCGUAGCUGAGUUUAUUAAGGAGGGCGAUAUUGAUGUGGCGGAUAAUAAAUUCAGUUACCACGGUAGGGAAUUUAUGAUGUUAGUAUCAUAAAUGGGGAGAUAACAGAGCCCUGCUGUGGCUGAGUGGAACAAUAUCUGCGGGAAGAGUGCAUGCUUCUUAUUGCUCGUUGUGAACCAAACUAUAACUCACAAGAUCUGAUUGUUAAUUCUCUCCUCUAGCUGCUACACAUUUCCUUGUAAAUCAGUUACGAGAAUUUGGUGUUAGAUCAAGACUACUAACGUCUGCCUGAUAAGUUUAAGUAUUCUCAUUACCUGUUUGCUGGACAAUGUGUGGAUGUUAUAGUGAGAAGUUACAUGUUAAUCUUAGGGGAGUUAAAGGGUUAAGACUCGCAAAUUGAACAAAAGGGAACGGGGUAGGAAAGGAUAAAAAGAAAUAAGGGACAUUAUUAUUAGGGCAGGCGGAAAGUAUUCUUAUCGGAUAAAAAAAAACCCAGGAGUAUAAGUCCGGGUGACAUUUCUGAAAAGAUUACUAGUAUACCCUUAUUUUAAUCAGACCAAUUUCAACAGACCAGACUUCACCAUCAUCGACUGACCAUUGUUUGACUAUCGCACAAACCGGCACCAAAACAUUCUUUUCAUCGUCAACCCGAAUCUUGUAGUCUCAUAUAUAUGACGGCUACGGCAGUCCUGGGGGAAAUUUAAAUGAAACGUUUUACUGUCGUCCAUUUAUCUUUGCCCCCAUUACGAACUCUUUGAUAAAUGAUCUUUAUACAUAGUAAUAAAUUUUUUUUUCUUUAUCUUUUAGAGUUCAGCACGGCAAUGUUUGGUGUUUAAUAGUUUAAUACCCAGAUUCUUGUGUGAACCUCGGUAGAAGCAUCAAGUCAAUCAGGCCUACGAAACAUAGGCAGCUGUUUUAUUUGUUAUUAGGGAAGUUUGAUGAAAUAUGUUUCGUCACGUAGAUUUCUAAUUGUGGGAUAUCUCAAUAAAGAAAGUAGUAAAAUCAUUUAUCGAGCCAGUUGUUAGUUGAUUUUGCACGCUACAACACGAAACAUUGUAAUUCUUUUUGUUUGUAAUUCCAUUUGGUAUAUAUCGAUCCGGCAUGAAUAUUGCGCACAACAUACUUUUUUUUUUUAAUUCUUUAAGUGGUCACUGCUACUGAAGCAAGCACGAAUAAUAGCUCUAUUACUUUAAAUUUUGUCUCCAGUCUUCAUAGAAAUCGGUGAAACAGAAUCUUACACUGACGCAGCUGUCAAGUUACAUCCGCUCUUAUAAUCACUCGCUUCUCAUCGAAUUAGAAAAGGAAAAAAUUCGAAAAGAAUCAAUAAUUAGGAACAUUUCUGAACCGCAUGAGACUGAUAUUGAGGUGAUACCAAUUGGAAAUUUUUAUACGAGGAAAUCGUAUCCAAAAUUUUUUUCAACUGUUUUGACCAAUAUUUUUAAAACUUCUUAUUUCAGAGAAAGUGAUAAUUGAACCAAAGAAUAACUUCUAAUUAUAAGAACAACUAAUUAUUCUAGGGGCAGAGUUAGCCUUAGUACAACAAUGAAAGGGAAGCCAAUUGGUUCGAAAUGUACAUCCCACAUGGCGUAUGCAAAAGCUGUCCUCAGGGAAUGCCGAUUAUGUUCCCGUGAUCGUCAAACCACUCUGAGAAGUGUAAACCUGAACCAACAUAGAAAAGAGGAAACGUCUUCGCCUUCCUUAAAGAUAACAUGUUAUUUGUUAAAUUGAUUCAGCUGUGUUAAGUUGAGCGGAUCCAAUUUACAGCUUUAAGUGCAUUUACAGGAGUAGUUUCUCCCUUUUAGCAUGGUAAAAUUGGCCUAAGUAUAAUAUUUUCUCUGACAAAUGGAUUUUAAAAACUAGAAACACUGCAUUAAGAAAGGUAGAAGCACUUUGUUUGAUGGCUAGGCGCAAGAUCUCGAAAAGUGGAUUCCAAGGUCUUAUUGAAAAACCAAAACGAACUUCUACUUCCUAGCAUAAAUAAUAAUAGACAUGGUUUUCUUUAUUCAUUAUAAUCAAUAUUGUUUUUUAAAUAAGCUUGAUUAAAAUUAUUGAUGAAAUACAAAUCAUGAGAUUUCUUGAAAUGAAAAAUGAUGUUUCGUAGCGGUAUUCAUAAGAAUUCAUUAAAAUGAGUAUUCUUGUUUCUUGGUUUUUCCAUGAUUCAUCUGGUGUAUUGUCGUAGAAAAAGAGAAGACUCUCAUUUUUAUUUUAAGAACAAGCUUUGUUUUUCACAGACAAAGUAAACGAACCCCAUUUCACCUUAAAACGGAAACAACGAAGAUAAUAUCAAGUGUCAAGUGCUUAGCUUACGCGCAGGUCACAUGAUAUCAGGGACCUUAAGCAAACCACGACGGCGGCGGCAACGAGGACAUGGAAAAACAAAAGAUCUAAUGGACAGAAAAAUAGCUCAGCAAGUGCGUUUUAAAACUUUGUACAUUUCUAAGCCGUCCUGUGCAAAACGACAACGUGAAAUCACCACAAUUUGCGUCGUCUGCGAACCGAAACCGCGACGGCCGAUUAUUUUAAUUUCCAUUUGGAACUUGACGCUUCUUUAAUACGUUUUGCUGAAGUUGAGGUGUGGCGCCAUAUGGAAUGGUAAACACAUGCGGCCAAUUUUUGAAUUUCUAGUUAAAGACAUUUUUUAAUCGAAGUCUUCUUUGGCGUUACCGUUCUGGCUGCUUAAGGUCCCUAAUGAGGAUUGUGUGAACUGCGAAAACUGGCAAAUACACGCUAUCCACUACGACCCAUACUUGCUGUUAGCUGUUGAUAGUUUUGAUCAAUUGAUAUAUUCUCUUAUCGUGAAUUUUAUUGUUGUGCAGAUUUUCUGUUGUCUUGAUAAUUGGCUUUUUUAGCGAGUUCUCAGAAAAUAAUGUUUUGUUUGCUGUCAUAUUGAUGUCAUUUUAAUGUUGACACGAUGAUUACUUUUUGUUAAGUUAAUUUCUUUUCAGACUUCUAGAAAUUUCUCUCUAAUAUUUUCAUUCCUAAUUCAUAAUUUCGAGUUUAUCGCCUGCCGAAUUCGCCAUCAGAGACGAGUUUCUACAUUAAUUUUAAGAUUUUAUAUAGAAUCAAUACUCUCACUUGAGGUGGUGUUAACCGUAAAUAUUUUAUAAUUUCAUCCACUGCACUGAAUCUGUGAGAAAAAAUUCUCUUUAAUUUAUGAAAACGCGGUGUGUUCAAUUUUUUUUCCUUUUUGACUGGUACAACAAACUUUUCCUUAUUUAGUUUAACCUUUAAUUCUGUCAGGCUUAUUCUUUGUGAUUUUUAUGAAACUAGUCUUUUUCAGCUAACCCAGAUCUCAUCUUAAAAUAUUAGAUCUAGAGAUGAUAGGAGGAAAGUCAAUUUGGAAGGAGUAAACAGCUCGAAAGUAAUUAUUCCAAGAACGAGAUUGGAAGUAAGUUCCUGAGUUUGCUAAUUAGGUUUUCAAUUGACGUGAAUCGAAAGGUGUUUGAUUGACAGCCCGGCUAUUGCCAUCUUGAUCAAGGCUGGUGCAGCCAUUUCUAGAUUGCUUGAGCCAGUCACCCACGUGAAAUGCAACUAGUUGGGUCCUUUAGAGAAAAGACAAGUUAGUGUUGAGGAAAUGCUAGUUUUAACCAAACUUAUAAUAGAGCAUUGAGAAAACUGCUUCUAAAUCCGGUUUUAACUGAGGUUAUUUGUUCAAUGAUAUAGAACUUGGAUGACACUGCCUCAUAUUAAAUUUUGAUCCUCGGUGCCAAGGAUAAAUAAUAUAGAUAAGCAUCCAAAGGAGAUAUUAAAAACUUUUUUUUUUUUUUUUAACGUGGCUCAUGGAACAUCCGUGCUUAUAGUUGAAAAUCCUAUUAAGCGUUUUGACAGAAAAUUAUCUCAAACGAUUGGCUGUCACUUAAAUUAACAAUAGCUAACAAACGAAAUUUCGGUAAAAUCACACCAAUAAUAUUUUCAGCCGUGGCCCUUUUAAGGUGUUUGCAUUACAAAGAAAGGGAAGUGCAUAACAUCCGUCUCACCACGGUCAAACGUCAUUCGCCUCCUCCCACGCCAAGCAUACUACCCUCUUGAAGCGGCAUUUUUGUUACAGUAAGUAUAAAUUACAUUCCUGCCUUAGCUUGUUAUGCCUUAAAACACGCUUGCCUUUUUUAUUAUUUUAUUUGUAAGAGAGAGAGAGAGAGAAAGAGCUAUUGUAGAUCGGCGUUUGGGUAUCUCCCAUAAUUUGACCUAAAUGUUUCCAAGAUGGUCAUUUGAAAUCCAAGUUAAUCUUCUCCGUCUCCAAACAUCGUCAGCUUCUCAGUGUUUUUUAUCCAUACAAACAAUUUUUUAAAAGUUUCUUUCCUUUUUCUAAGUCAAAAAGUAAAGGAAAUAUCUUCACCUUGAGCCCGCUUUGAAGUGAACAACACUGUUUGCACUCGAUUCAUGAUAGUAAGUUUUAAAAGAGGAUUUUUUACACAUCAAAAAUGUUCUCUCCACGGCAAUGUUUACUUAUGCUUCCCGGACGAGGACAUUUCCGUCCCGGUAUAAUAUUUCCUCAUUUUUUGCAAUGCAGAGCAAAGGGUUGAAGGUCGACGAAUUUUCUCUCCAAACUUUCGCAAUGUAUUUUCGCCCUCUUUUUCCCGACGCAUCUUACCUAGAGUCUCCAGAUUUAUGGAAAACCCCUGCUAUAUAAGCUGGUACAAAUCUUAAAGCUGAUACAAACCCAGCAGCUUCUCGUCAUAUCAAGAAAACCCCCCAGAUACAAGAAAUGAAAACAGGGCGUUUUUCAGGGAUUUCGCCCAAAAAUUUAUAAUUGCCAAAUUUUGCUUACUAAGAUGAACGUAUUCGAGAGAGAAAAAACAAUUGGUCAAAAUGUUUGGCGUGACUCCUGUAUAUUCUUUUGGAGUUUUAAUUAGAAAUAUUUACGUACAACCGAUCACUGCAAUUGAAAGACUUAACUUGGCAGGGGAUGAUAGAGUCAUGAGGAUCCUGUUGGGUCUGCUCAACAAAUUUCCUUGUCAACAACUUACUCUGAAAACAAUAGAAUUGCAAUAAACAGUUUCAUGAUUUCCGGAGUUUAUUUUAGAAAAAGAGGCCUAGUGAUGACAAAGUAAAUAAAUAUUGGCGAUCCACAAUCAAAGCAACCAUUUGAAGCAAAAUUUGGAUUGAGUGCGUCGAUUUUAACUGCUUCACGAGCUUUCACAAUGCAGGAAUUUGACUUUCAACACUGCAUAUUAAUUUUGUGGAACCAAAAUCGCUAGUUUUUUUAUGCAACUUUUAGUACAGUCAUAACCAUGGUACGAAAUCCAGUGUUCAACAGUACACCAGCUGCAUUUCACUGGCAAUUCAUGCUCAACAGCCGUUCUCUUUAUAGGAAAUUGAUCUAAGUAUUUUUGAUAUUGCUUGUUCAGGCCAGCUCUGUUAUAUCAAAGACACAUCUAUGAUGCUUGCGGGGUCAAAGCUAACAAUGGUCUUAGCAAUAAUCUGUAUGAUGGAGAAAGGUAAAAUCAGAUUUCACUCCGAUCUAUACAUUGCAAGAUGUUUACUCCCCUCACCUAUGACAAUACGUUUGACACAAUCUUCUCUCUUUAUUUUUUGAUUUUUAAAGUAUAUGUUACAGCUACUCAGGCCCGCAGAUCAUGGCUCAUAUUAAUAUAGGCAGACCAAUUUUUAAAAUCUAACAAUUUUUUUAUGCUUGCAUUAAAUAUUCUUUAACUUUCCCUAUUUCAGUUUUGGCCACUGAUCAAGGGCGGACAAAAUAUCUCCAAGAAGGCAAGGGUAAGAGAUUGUUUUCUUUCCUUUUCGUUUAUUUACUUAAAUCGAUUGUUGUGUCUUUACUAAGCUCCAUCAUUUAGAAAAAAAACCUUUCUAACAAACCCAAAGAGAGCUGAAAUUACCAGUUACGGCAAGUUGUUUACAAAAACAUGAGAAAAAUAAAAUGUAGGUGCGAGGAGAGGGGAUACAUCUUUAAAGAAACGGUGGUGCUACGUCUGUGGGCCACCAUGGACAGUUCCCGAAACGUAAGCUAGUAAAUGUAAGCCUCCGUCAGAACAAAUAGAGAAACUAUGGGUUGUGUGUGGUUUCCGUACAGAAACAUGGAACUACGCUAUUGGUGGGAACUAGGUGCAGUGAGAAACACGAGGUAAAAAUUAGUGGUGAAAUGCGCUCGGUGAUGCCGUGGGAAUAAAGAAUGCCGAUGGGAGAGAUAAUUUUUUUUCUGUAGAGGUUGGCGGGUUAUUGAACUGUGGAAAUGUAGGGAAAGACUGCAGACUGCCAUAUGCUGCUUAGAAUAAUUAAGAAGACCUGGCAAUAAAGUAAGACGACUUUUAAGGGGCUUGUUUACAUGGAUGUAUGGAACCCUUGAUAGGUGAGGAAACCCGCCGUCUUAGUUUUUGCGACAUGAACGCUACCCCGGCUGAGCGGGUUUACCCCACCUUGAGACAUUUACAAGGCAAACUGUCACUCCGGGUAACAGAGUAACCCUACCCAGCAGAGCGGGAAACCAGCCUAGGCGGGUCACCCCACCCCAUUAUGUAAACGACUAAAAUAAUACUAAAGCCAAUUUUAAACUUUGCAGUUAUAAAACACUAAUUAUUGUUCUUGUGAAGACAUAAAACCGCCAAAUAUAGAAUGCCCGGAUAACGUAUUCAGCAACACGGAACCAAAAAAGCCCACCAGGAGGAUGAAGUGGAGAAGACCAUUUGCCACGGACAACUCGGGUCACAUGCCCACGAUUACCAGCUUCCCAAAGGGUAUUGUGUCACCUCACGACUUUCCGAUUGGAAAAACACGCAUAAUCUACACAGCUACGGACCACAGUGGAAAUUCACAUUCAUGUGUGUUUACGGUUACCAUUGUAGGUGAGUAUUUUUGAAAAAAAAGUUUUAUAUUUUCUUUUUUGUUAAGCCACUAUCUUAAAUUGUUGUCAGAUAUUAGUUUGUGAAACGAUUAUCUUAUCUUGAAAUUGUUGAUCAUGUUAUUGCGCAAGUUUCACUUGUUUUUUCUUGCUCUCUACGAAAUUAUUUUGACAAGUUAUACUAACGGAGAGAACUCUGAUAAAAAGAAAAUUUAUUUCUACAGGGAAUAAAUGAUUUUAUGCAGCUAGCUACGCCAGUUAAUGUUUCUUUAGUUGGGAUCAGUUUUCAUAUGGAACUCUCAGUUAUAAGUUUUUAAAAGUAAUAAAAAAAUAACAAUUUUCAUUGUCGCUUGCUGUUCUGUAAAUCGUGAAAAGCCCUGAAGUCUUGAGUCAAUUACGAAAAAAACUUCCACACUUAAAAUAAAUGAGAUGAAUUUAUUUAAAAAUAAAAACUAAUAUUUUUCUCGUUUCCUUCUUAGAUAAGGAACCUCCAAAGAUAACUUGUCCCAGAGAUAUGGAAGUCAUCAAGACGGGGCCAGGUCACACAACUGUUGUCCACUGGCACCCGCCGACUACUAAUGAUAACUCUGGAGGACACGUCGUUUUGUUUACUGAGUCGGUCGCUGGUUCAGGUUUCACAGCGGGGCGACAUCAAAUUACUUACAAGGCCACGGACCCAUCGGGCAAUAAGGCGUCAUGUACAUUCACUAUAACUGUUUCUAGUGAGUAGGGCCAGUGCUAUCAAUUUUGGUUUCCAAAAGUGGGGCGUUUGGGAAAAAAAAAAUUUGUACAGGGAUGCUCAGCGUUGACUUUAGCACCUUACAUUUUUUUUACGCCAGUCUGUUUGUUUGUUUGUUUGUUUUUUUUUGGAAAGUGCUCUAUCAUCUACGAACAGUCUUUUCAUUGGAUAUGUCUGGGUGUCAGUGAAUAAGUUCCGUCCGCGUAAAUAUCUCAGCUAAGAAAAAUAUUCGGUGAUCUGAAAUUGCAUUAGUUUCAUUGGUAUACUUUGUACGUGAUGUGAUUGGUUUAGAAAACUGGCGCCACCCUUUCAGCCAAUCAGAUGCAUCUAGAACUAAUCGAAAGUUGAUCGCUUGCGUUGUCCCUCGCUUGGGGUAGUUAGCAUGUAUUUUCCUCGAAUUCUCAUUGGCGACUCUGCUGGUGACAUCAUGGGAAAAUUUUCCUCAUUGUAUUGUUGAAACUUCGGCAUCACUUUCAUCGAAUUUGGCUCGACGAAAUUCAAGGCCUCUUUAAACGUGCCUCGACUGAUUUGUACCCAAGUUCGAAUCACUGCUAAGGGUAACGAAAAUAUACAAUUAAGUCUUUACUUGUAGUGGAUAACUUCAAGGACAGCGUGCAAUUAGCGUCAAAACUAGUUAACACAUCAUAUUUGAAGAGUCUUAUUUAAGUGUAGAAUAACCUAGUCCUGUCUCUACCACACUCUAAAUCAUUGGUAAACCCCCCCCCCCCCUUCUCCAUUCAAUUUUGCCUGUAUAUAGCUGAAGGUCAUGGAAUCACGAUGCAACAAUGUUCUGGGGGGGAAGGAGGCGAAUAGAUUAACUUAAAAUUUAAGUUAUAGGGGUUUGAAAAGGUCGAUCUGUCAACAAUUUUAUCACUGAUUGUGGGUCUGUUUUUCAAUCGACCAAAAAAAGGGAUUAUAAAGAUAUCAAAGUCUGGAAUGAUGGAUUGGUAGUAGGCCAUAACAUAAAACAAGAAAUCCAAGCAAACGUGUUACUUAGUGAAACUGCGUUACAAAUUGGGUCGGUGUUUACAUGAAUUGAUGGCCAGAACUAAUCCCAUCUUUUCCUGAUUUGUCAAGCCGAGCUAGUCUCGAAAAGGGGUAACCCAGCAAGUACUAGGACUGGCCCGGCUCAGCUACUUUUCUCACGUAAACGCAAAUACGCUCAUACCUUUCGCGAUUAGUUAUCCGAGGCCGUGGAAAGAGGCCCUCGAUCAAAAUUCGCAAUCGCUAUUUGAUAAGACUAUAACUUAAUAGCCCUAAUUUUCUUGAUAUAUUAGCAGUCUAGCUACUUCUUCUCUCACAUUUCAGAUCCCAAGUGCCCGGCUUAUGCUCCUCCACUGAAUGGUCUCAUGGCUUGCGCGCAUUCGCAUCUGUUAGGCGGGACAGUGUGCACACCUCAGUGUAAUCUCCCCAGGGAUUUCACCAGAGUUCCUGCCCAUAUGUACAUCUGCCAAUCGACAGGAACAUGGUUUGCGUGGGAUUCACGCCCAGUGGUGUCACAAGAGUUACCUUGGCCAGAUUGUACUGGUUGGUAGUUCUUCAUAUUUUCGUAUUGUGGGCGAGUUGAUUAUACACCGUCUGAAAAUCAAUGAAUUUAUCACAUCGACAGUGGUUUAGCGUGGUCUGCACUCUUAUCGAAAACGGUAUUCGUCAUAACAGUGGUCAAAAUGUUAUGGACUCACGAUAAGAGUACAAACCUCGCUAAACCACUGUCGAUUUGUUUUUUACCACAGUAUCGAGGUCAAAAUUUUCAAGUCAUCAAUGUUUGAGAGCUGAUAAAAGCAGUGCGUGACAUGUUGACGCGACAGCGUUGUCUGUUCUUUUAUCGACAUGGAAAAUUGGCCAAUCAGAUAGCGACAUUACCGGCAAUUGUUUUAAAAUUAUCUCUUCAUACAUUUGGAUAUGUAUAUAUAUAUACACACAUAAGUUAAAGACGGACGCAUCGACUCUCUGUGACUCUAAAUUUCGCGCCUAAGCGUUCGUCAGACAGAACUUUAACCUUCCUCUUUAAUUCUUUAACUUAUGUAUACUUAGUCUUAUGUAUACUUAUACUUAGUCCUCCUGUUGCUUUCUCAUCCCUUAUCUCAGUUCCCUUUGUUCUUUCUCUUCCGUCUCUUUCAGAUGUUGAUGGACCAGUGUUAUUUCGAAAAGGAAUGAGUUGGCAAAGCUUUUCAGGAGACUGUUUGGAUCCCAAAGUCCAGAAACUAGCCAAACAAAACUUGGUAAAAGCCUUCAUCGAUGUUUUUGGUCAGGAUUUUGGCCUCAUGGCAGACGACAUCAGCAUUGCGUGCGGCAAGUCCCGGAGAAACGAGAAAAGUGUUCUGCCGGGGGCAGGUAAUUAA